UCACUUACUGUCACUGUCACACCAUAUUUGAUUUCUGUUAACAGACUGUUCUCAAGUUUAAAUUAUCUCUGUUUCGCUUAUAAGGUAUUCGAAUGUGAAUCUCAUAAGUAAAAUUAGUAUUAAAAUUAACAAUGCCGCUUAAAAGUAAAAUAUUUUUCGUAUCGUCGAUAUUCUUUAUUACGAUAAGAUCAGUUAAUUCGAUCAGUUGCUAUCAGUGUUCAGGGACCGAUUCAGAGAAUCCUUUCGAAUGUAACGAGUUCUUAGAAACCGAUACAGAUAUAUUAGCGACCGAUUGUGCGACCAUCCAUGAUGCUCAGUACUGCAUUAAGCACGUCGGUAGAUUCGAAGGUGUAGGUAUAGAGUGUUACCAGUGUAACUCCUCUAACACAUUGGAAUGUGGUGAUGGUCUCAUUAACUUGGACGGAGGUUACCUGAAGGCAACUCCUUGUGAUCAUGUGUACAAUGCUCAGUAUUGCAUUAAGCAGUCAGGUGGAAUUAGCACAAAAAGAUUCUGCUCCUCAUUAGAUUUGGGCAAUUAUUGUAACUAUGUUGCCCAACCCGGAGACAAACUAGAAUACAGGACAUGUAUAUAUACUUGCAGCAGUGAUGGGUGUAACUCAGCUGUAGCUGUGAAAAUUUCAAUGACAUUGCUUAUUUUAAUAUUUGUUUCAUUUAUGUAUACAUGAUGUUAUUUUUAACAUUUGCAUUAUGGCUACCUCUGACAUUGCCUAGUUUAGAAUAUACACACAGACUGAUUAUCAAUCUCUAAAAAUAUAUUUUAACUCAAUCAUUCCACUUUAUUUUUAAGUUUUAUAUUAAUUUUAAAACUAAAUCCAUCCAA